AUGCGAGCACCUGUAAAUAUGAUUUUAACAGCUAUGGCCUGUUGUGAUACUGUUGUUUUAUUUUCAAAUCUUGUUUAUACAACUCAUUAUAAAUAUGUAGCUUAUGAGUAUUGUACUCCAGCAAAUUGGAGCUAUGGUUGGGUGAUGUUUCUAAUUGCACACGCUCAUUUAUCGCUUAUCGGUCAUUCAACCAGUCUAUGGUUAUCAGUGAUGCUCGCAUUUUUACGAUAUAUGACAUUACGCAAUCGUACGGGUUCUCUUUCACAAAAGAUAGGCCUGAAACAUUCAUACAUUGCCAUUGCUUCCGUAAUUAUAUUUGUUACUGUACUAAAUGGUCCAAAUUUUUUGAUUUAUAAAAUUCGUGAAGAUAAACUAAACGAAUCUUGUGUGGUACGGGAUCAACGGUAUAUCGACGAACCGGCUUAUAUACCUGACCAGUCCGAUCUGGCAAAGCAGGACAAUUGCUUGUUGUUACGUUUGGCUGUAUGGAUAUCGGGAGUUGUAUUUAAAGUUGUACCAUGUGUAAUGCUCACAAUAUUUAUAUGCCUUCUUAUGAAGAUUCUAAAUGAGGUAAAAAAGAAUCGUAUCCGUCUGGCAUUAAAUAACCACUGUGACAGCGGUACUUCAUCAUUCAGUCUUCCAAGUAAUCAGCUUACCAAAACUCCAAGGUUUGAAAAAGUUUUUUUUCACCAAGUGAAAGCUAAAAUUUUCAGUGCAAAUUUUAGUGGUCAUUGUCCGACAGCAACAACAACUCAUUUAAAGACAAACGAUCGAACAGAUCGAACAACUCGAAUGUUGUUGGCAAUUGUCAUUGUAUUUUUAUUAACCGAAAUACCGCAGGGAAUUUUGGCAAUUUUAUUAGGCGUAUUUUCGGAUGAUUUUCGUUAUAAAAUAUAUAUGAAAAUUGGUGAUAUAUUGGAUUUAUUAUCACUGUGCAAUGCUUGCACAACAUUCAUUAUUUACUGCUCGAUGAGUGGACAAUUCCGAAGUGAAUUUCAACGGGUAUUUCUUCCUUUCCUAAGUCUUUUUCCUCCAGCAACUGCAGCGCGUCGUUCCUCAGAAGGUGCCACGGUAUCCAAGCUAUGCAGUAUGAAACUGGAAGACGCUGAAAACGGUUGCACGGGCCGGGAACGAAGCGCCACAAUGCGGUCUGCUAUCAGUGUACCUGGUUACAGUUAUACGAAGGAUAACGGACAUUUCACACCAGACGAGUUAGCUUUUUCGUUUACCAUUCCACAUUCUUUGUUCUGUAUCCGUAUGGAUUUAUGAGG